GUCCCUGCCACACACACCUGGACACGUCCCUGCCACACACACCUGCCAAUCUUAGAAGGACACAACAUGGCGAGGCUAAUCACUGGACUGAUUCUGCUGAUCUGCCUUCAGUUUGCCUCUUGUUCCAAACUUGUGUGUUACUUCACCAACUGGUCCCAGUACAGACCUGGAGAGGGCAAAUUCACCCCUCAAAAUGUGGACCCAGAUCUGUGUACACAUUUGAUCUACGCCUUCUCCAUCAUCAGCCCGUCCAACGAGCUCUCCACCUACGAGUGGAACGACGAGGUUCUGUACCUGCAGUUCAACGCCCUCAAAAACAGAAACCCCCAGUUGAAAACUCUGUUGGCUGUUGGUGGUUGGAAUUUUGGGACAACACAGUUUACGAUCAUGGUCUCAUCCCCGGCCAACAGGAAGAGGUUUAUCCAGUCUGCCAUCAGGUUUUUGAGAACGCAUGGGUUUGAUGGACUGGACCUGGACUGGGAGUACCCAGGGUCACGGGACAGUCCUCCUGAAGACAAGCAAAGAUUCACCACACUCUGCCAGGAACUGCUUGCUGCCUUUGAAAAGGAAGCCACUGAGACAGGGCGCCCUAGACUGCUCCUCACAGCUGCAGUGCCUGCGGCCAAAGAAAAAAUUGAUGCUGGAUAUGAAGUUGCCCAAGUGGCAAAGCUGUGUGACUUCUUGAACAUAAUGACCUAUGACCUGCACGGCGCCUGGGACCCGUUCACAGGACACAACAGCCCUCUCUUCAGCAGCUCUUUUGAUGAAGGCAAUAACGUCUACUACAACGUGCAUUUUGCCAUGGGAUACUGGAGGGACCGAGGUGCCCCUGCAGAGAAGCUCCUGGUCGGGAUGGCCACCUACGGGCGCACGUUCCGCACGCUGACGUCGGCUCACAGUGUGGGGGCGCCGGCGAGUGGACCGGCGUCUGCAGGCACCUACACCAGAGAGCCGGGAUUCUGGUCCUAUUAUGAGAUCUGCCUUUUUCUCAGAGGGGGGAGUCUUCAGUGGAUCGAUGAACAGAAAGUGCCUUAUGCAAUUCAAGGCAACGAGUGGGUUGGAUUUGACAACAGGCAGAGUUUGGAAAUCAAGGUAGAUUACUUGAAGAGGAACCAUUUUGGAGGAGCAUUUGUUUGGGCUUUGGAUCUUGAUGACUUCUCUGGAGGGUUUUGUGGUCAAGGAGCCUAUCCGCUCAUAAACCACGUGCGCUCACUUCUGAGAACAGAUGUCACCAAUCCAACUCCUCAGCCUACCCUCUCCCCUACUCACCCUGAUGAGACCACUACUCCCGACCCCACUCCUGAGUCCACUCCCGACCCCACUCCUGAGUCCACUCCUGAGUCCACUCCUGAGUCCACUCCUGAGUCCACUCCUGAGUCCACUCCUGUUGCCACCAUGACAACAACGGCUCCUGGAUCCGGGACAGAUUUCUGCGCUGCAAAGGAAAAUGGACUGUAUGCAAACAAACAUACUUUCUAUCAGUGUUCAAACGGGCUGACGUAUCUGCACAGAUGCCCUGCCAGUCUGGUUUUCAGUGACAGGUGCAAAUGUUGUGACUUCUGUUUUCUCCAAGUCUUGGCCACUAGACUGGUGUGUUAUUACACAAACUGGUCCCAGUACAGGCCUGAGACUGGCAGGUUUGUACCAGCCAAUGUAGAUCCAAACCUAUGUACCCACUUGAUCUACGCCUUUGCUGCCAUCAAUGAAGGAAAUGCACUGGUGACUGUGGAGUGGAAUGACCUUGAUAUGUACAAAUUAUUCAGUGGACUAAAGCAGAGGAAUCCAAAUCUUAAGACGUUAUUGGCAGUCGGAGGUUGGAAUUUUGGAUCACCAAGAUUCACGGCCAUGGUCUCAACUGAAGCCUCUAGAAAUACCUUUAUCCAGUCCUCCAUGGGGUUUUUAAAGGAAAAUGGCUUUGACGGCCUAGAUUUGGACUGGGAAUAUCCUGGAUCAAGAGGGAGUCCUCCAGAAGACAAGCAGAGGUUCACCCUGCUGUGUAAGGAACUCCGUGAGGCCUUUGAAGCUGAAGCAGUAGCCACAGGCCAGCCCCGGUUGCUGCUGUCCGCUGCUGUGGCCGCUGCAAAAGCCACUAUUGAUGCUGGUUAUGAAAUAGCAGAAAUCGCAAAAUAUCUGGACUUUAUAAAUGUGAUGACCUAUGAUUUUCAUGGCACCUGGGAGACCGUGACUGGACAUCACAGCCCUUUGUACAAAGGCUCCCAAGACACUGGAGAUAAUGUCUACUUCAAUACAGACUUUGCUAUGACGUAUUGGCGGGACCAGGGCACUCCUGUUGAGAAGCUGAAUAUGGGCUUUGCCACGUAUGGACGAGCUUUUCAUUUGACGUCUCAGUCCAGCCAAGUGGGAGCUCCAGCCAAUGGUCCUGCAAGAGCUGGCAAAUACACAAGAGAGGCUGGAUUUUGGUCAUAUUAUGAGAUCUGCCCUUUUCUACAAGGAGCCACAGUUCAAAUAAUUCAGGACCAGAAAGUUCCUUAUGCCACUAAACAAAAUGAGUGGGUUGGAUAUGAUAAUAAAAACAGUUUUCAGACUAAAGUUCAGUAUCUAAAAGAAAAGGCAUUCGGUGGGGCCUUUGUGUGGACUUUAGAUUUGGAUGAUUUCUCUGGUCAGUUCUGUGGACAGGGAGCCUAUGCUCUCAUCAGCAUCCUUCGCUCUCUCUUAAUAUCAGGAACAACAAACCCCGCUCCAACUCUGCCCUCUGCCAGGCCUCCAGUCAGACCUACCUUUGCUCCACCCACUGGCAGAGAGGACAAUUUCUGUGCCAACAAAAACAAUGGGCUGUACUCUAAACCUGAUGCUCCGGAAGCAUUCUACAACUGUGCUCAUGGAAGAACACACAUCCAACACUGUCCAGCUACUUUAGUGUUUAAGGACAUCUGCAAGUGCUGUGAUCAUCGGCCCUUAUAACGGCAAACCUAUGACUAAAUACUUCUAAAAGUAUUAAGUAAUAAAAUAAUAAAACCAUGU